CCCGCACCCCGCAUUUAGGAGGCUGUGGCCCUUUAAGCUCUUGGCCCCGCCCCUUCCCCGUUUCCGCCCGCGGUUCUAUGACGUUCCAGUUCGGAACACCGAGACUGUGAGCGUUCGGAGCCGCCCCCAGUCACACCCUGCCUGCACCCACGAGAGUCACUCACGAUGCCUCACCAGUACCCAGCCCUCACUCCGGAGCAGAAGAAGGAGCUUUCAGACAUCGCCCACCGCAUCGUGGCCCCCGGCAAGGGCAUCCUCGCCGCGGAUGAGUCCACCGGCAGCAUCGCCAAGCGGCUGAGCUCCGUCGGCGCAGAGAAUACAGAGGAGAACCGGCGCUUCUAUCGCCAACUGCUGUUCACGGCCGACCAGCGGGUCAAUCCCUGCAUCGGGGGCGUCAUCCUCUUCCAUGAGACCAUGUACCAGAAGGCCGACGAUGCACCCUUCACCAAGGUCAUCAAGGACAAGGGCGGUGUGGUGGGCAUCAAGGUGGACAAAGGUGUCGUGCCCCUGGCCGGGACAAAUGGAGAGACCACCACCCAGGGGCUGGACGGCCUGUCCGAGCGCUGUGCCCAGUACAAGAAGGACGGGGCUGACUUCGCCAAGUGGCGCUGCGUGCUGAAGAUCUCGGAACACACCCCCUCCCACCUGGCCAUCCUGGAGAACGAAGUCCUGGCUCGCUACGCCAGCAUCUGCCAGCAGCGUGAGCGGCCCUGAGGCAUGGAUAACGGGAUUGUGCCCAUUGUGGAGCCGGAAAUCCUGCCCGAUGACCAUGACCUGAAGCGCUGCACGUAUGUCACCGAGAAGGUGCUGGCAGCUGUGUACAGGGCUCUUAGUGACCACCAUGUCUACCUGGAGGGGACGCUGCUGAAACCCAACAUGGUGACGGCCGGCCAUGCCUGCACCAAGAAGUACAGCCAUGAGGAGAUUGCCAUGGCGACCGUCACUGCCCUGCGCCGCACCGUGCCACCUGCUGUGCCUGGCAUCACCUUCCUGUCCGGUGGGCAGAGCGAGGAGGAGGCUUCGCUCAACCUCAACGCCAUCAACAAGUGCUCCCUGCACAAGCCGUGGGCCCUCACCUUCUCCUACGGCCGCGCCCUGCAGGCCUCUGCCCUCAAGGCCUGGGCCGGCAAGAAGGAGAACGCCAAGAACGCCCAGGAGGAGUACAUAAAACGGGCCCUGGCUAACAGUCUCGCCUGCCAGGGGAAAUACACCCCAAGUGGCCAGGGCGGAGCUGCUGCCAGUGAGUCCCUCUUCAUCUCUGACCACGCCUACUAAAUGUGGGGUCCCCCGUCUGCCCCCGACCCCCCCGUCUGCCUGCACCCAUCCUGUGGCGUCUAGUGUGGCUGGCUCCUGGCCUGCAGAAGAGCUGAGCUCCCUCUGGGGGGGCGUGAAGAACCCAGGAGUCCGGGCCCCCCUUCCCUUGCUUUUUGUGGCUGUCUCAGCUUCUACUCCCCGUCCCCCCUUUCUGGUGACAGACGACACUCCAGGCGUGCACCCCAUGACCGAGCUGCUGGCCCCCCCCACCCUUGGAGUGGGGGUGGGGUGACCCCCUCUUCUGAUCCUACAAUAAAGAGGAAACUAUUUAAACAGA